CCCGACCCGACGUAAAAGACCCGCACCGACAAGUUCACGAUAGGAGCCCAAGUGGCUGUAGUGGCACAACUUUCUAUGAGGAUUUUCAGUGCGUUGGAUAGCCUGACACGAGGAAGCUGAUCUUACCCGUUGCUUGUGUUUGCAUCGCCGUUUAAGAAUCACUCAUCCGUAGUAGAAAGUCCAAAACUUUAGAAGCUCUUCUCUGUCUGUCUCUUUGAACACACGAAACAAUCUCACAUGGCUGCAUUUGCAACCGCAGAAGCGUGUGACAGUAACGCAGAACUAAUAUCAAACGGAGACCUACGAGCUCUCCACCCAGUCUUCAAGAUCUAUGGCCAAAGAAGAUGCUUCUCCGGACCAAUCGUGACACUCAAGGUCUUUGAAGACAACGUCCUGGUCAGAAACCAACUAGAGACAAAAGGAGAAGGCGCAGUCUUAGUAAUAGACGGUGGUGGAAGCAUGAGAUGCGCGCUUGUUGGAGGAAACCUCGGACAGUUAGCUCAAAACAACGGGUGGGUGGGGAUUGUGGUGAAUGGAUGCGUUAGAGAUGUGGAUGAGAUCAAUGACUGCGAUGUUGGGGUUAGGGCAUUGGGUUCUAACCCGUUGAAGUCUAGUAAGAAAGGUCAUGGUGAGAAGAAUGUGCCGGUUAAUAUUGGAGGGACUUUGAUCAGGGAUGGGGAAUGGCUUUAUGCUGAUAGCGAUGGUAUCUUGAUCUCCAAGACCGAACUCUCCGUCUGAGUCAGAGUGUUCAUCUGCUAAAGUGCUAAGAGACUACUGCUGGUUUAUUUCGAACUUAUUUGUAAUAAUCGGUUUGAUAUUCUAAAAAAAAGAAAACCAUUUUUGUGAGAUUUGUGAACUAUAUAACAAUAAUAACAAAAUUAUAAUUA